CUUUGAACCUCAGUGCUGGUGAAAAAGAUGGCGGCGCCCUACGGUGAUACGUGUAACGAGAAGAUGCUGUAGAUAAUUAUUACUUUAUAAAGAUAAAUAAUACUUAGCAACAUGUUUAAAGAAACUGCACAACUUUUUAAGGCCGCAGCUCCUUUGCUUGCAAAAACGACGCUUUGGAAAGAAGUAAGAAUCAGCUCGACACAUGUAGGGAGCAGUGUCCACGGGCAUAGAUAUUUCAAUGUCACCUGCAGUUUAUGUGCGAAGGUACCGCCGAGAAAAAAGCCGCGAGUCAAGGUGGACAUACCCGGACUCGAGCGCAUUACCUAUGGCGAUAGAAUGCACUAUGUCCCUGGGUUGGCAAAGCCCUCUUUCCCUACCUGGGUGCGAGACUGGAACGACCCCUCUCAUUAUUAUGCGCCGAAAGAGGAAGAAAUGCCACUCCAUAAAGAGAAGUCUUGCUUCAUAUUUAACCAAAGGACAAACGCACUUGAAGGUGUCAGGCAAGCACUGUGGCUCACUAAAUCCAAGCUGACAAAUGGACUUCCGGACCAGGUUCUGUCAUUGGCUGAGAAUGAAGCCAAUCAGAUUGAAAACCAGGAUGAGCGAGUUCAGAAUGCCAUCAGGCAUGCUCGCUUCUGGGACACCACAGAGGAACGACCGUCCAGAGACAAUUUCUGCGUGGCUUUGCUGAGGAGCCUGAUCCACCUGUGUGGGAGCCUGCAGGUCAGUCAUCCUGGGCUUGGCAGGAGGAUCCUGGCGGAGAAAUACAGUCUGGCUGCCACAUGGAGCAGAGGUGAAGACUUGUUCCAGGUGCGAGGGCAGAAUGGGUUGCUGCUCAACAGCAUGGCCCCACUCCCAGUGCUUGCUGGGAAAGAGGAGGUCCAGAGCACGGCCGACCAUGUCCUGGAGACGUUCUACCCAAUCUCUCCCACCAUCGACCUGCAGAGUGUCCAGGUCUACGAGGAGCAGAACCAUACAGGCUUCAAGGAGGACUACCCUUACCCUCAUGCCCACACCCUGUUCCUCCUGGAGGCAGGAGACACCCCUGUCACUCUCCUUCCUGAGCAGCUCCGUGCUAAGAUGAUCAUGUUUGCCUUCGGGAACGCCCUGGCUCGUGCUCACACACUCCACGGGACUAAGCCUGGGGUGCUGGAGCAGCCCAUAGUGGUCCAGUCGGUGGCCACCAACGGCCGGAUGUUCCAGUAUGUGGUGUUCCAGCUCAACACCACAGACCUGCAGGCUGACGAGGGGGUCAAGAACCAGGUGUGGGUGGAGAAUGACCAGCUGCUGUACGACUUCGCCAAGGUCCGCCCCCUCAUCAAGAAGAGGGUGGUGCAGAUUCCACCAGGUCUAUCUGGGUACAAGCCUGAAACCUUCCAGAAGUUCCUGUCCCUCUAUCUGCAUGGAGCUGUGUGAACUAGCUACAUUAAAUGGCACCAAAACAACAAUGUUCCACUAUUCAUAACCUUCCUUUUUCUACUGGCAUUACUGUAAUAUCUGAAAAGUCACCCUAGAUACUCUAGCUCAUCAGAGUCAAGUUUCAUUGCGUUUCUCUACCCUAGGCUCAGUUUUGGAUCACAAUCCUCUGUAGAAGAGGAUUGUGAUCCAUAUCUCUUAUUGCUUAAGAAAAUGACCAAAAUAGCAAUGUGGAAAUGUAGCUAUGUAUGUCAUUAUGACAAACUCAUUAUUUUGAGAUGCUUAAUUUGUUUCCAGAAUUGAUUAAAUGGAUACAGAUGUCACACAA